CACCCCUCGUUUUCAGUCCGCUAGUCCUGUGCAACAGCCGGGCUGACCGACGCCUAUUCCCGGCGAACAAUCAUCGUAUUCUUCUUCUUCAUUCCCGGGAGAGAUGGAAAGACAAACGUAAUGGACUGAGAGAGAAGACAUUACGAGAUAGCACGACUGGAACCAUCAAAAAGAAAAAAAACGCACGAAAAAAAUAUAGGGAAACAAACGAAAAAAACUUCAAAGAAAGCUAGAAGUACAAGUGCGACUGACAACAGCAUUCUCUGCCAUUCCUCCUUCGAGCCAUCGUUUCCAUAUCUGUCCUCGACUUUGCGUGAAAAAUGGGGUCUAGUGGCGGAGUUAGAGAGGCCGGGCUAUAAAGAAACACGGACGUUGACUCAUCCGUACGGCACGGCAACUUGAUUUCUCUCGUACGACGCCAUUGGUACUCAAGAUAAGUUGUACUAAUUAGGUAGCCUGUAAGCUACAUUUGUACAGUUGUAAUCACAUUAUUUGUGCCUCAUACCUACGUGGAACUUCUCAUCCGUACCUGCGUGGAACUUCUGACUGAAUAUGUUGGCAUGGCUGAGCAAUUGGUUCUGGCAGGAGCGACUCUGGUUCCCCGAGGGUCUGGGCUGGGCCGACCUCCAGGACCGAGACGGCCGGGUCUACGCCAAGGCCUCGGACCUCUGGGUCACCGUCCCCCUGGCGCUCUGUUUCCUCAUUGUGCGGCAGAUUUUUGAGAGGACUGUGGCCACUCCACUCGCUGCUCUCCUGGGAGUGAGAGAGAAAGUGCGACUCAGAGCCGAACACAACCCCACACUGGAGUCCUUCUUCUGUAAUGAAACCAAGCACCCCACACAGAGCUCCAUAGAGAGUUUGAGCAAACAGACUGGCUACUCGGUGCGUCAGGUCCAACGAUGGUUCCGGCGCCGCAGGAAUCAGGACCGGCCCAGCCUGCUCAAGAAGUUCCGGGAGGCCAGCUGGAGAUUUACCUUUUACCUUCUUGCUUUCUUUGCUGGCCUGGCUUCACUUAUCGAUAAACCCUGGCUUUAUGACUUGAAGGAAAUGUGGAGUGGAUUCCCCGUGCUGACCCUCUUGCCCUCCCAGUACUGGUACUACAUGAUUGAGUUGGGCUUCUACAUCUCCCUGCUGUUCAGUGUCGCGUCGGAUGUCAAGCGCAAAGACUUUAAGGAGCAGAUCGUUCACCAUUUGGCCACCAUCAUGCUGAUUAGCUUCUCGUGGUGCGUCAACUACAUCCGGGCAGGAACCUUGAUCAUGCUGGUCCACGACGCCGCCGACUACCUGCUGGAGUCAGCGAAGAUGUUUAACUACGCGGGUUGGAGGAAGACCUGCAACUACAUCUUCAUCGUCUUUGCUGCCGUCUUCAUCAUCACACGUCUCGUUAUCUUCCCCUUCUGGAUCAUGCACUGCACGUGGGUGUACCCGGUGACCAUCUACCCCCCGUUCUUCGGCUACUACUUCUUCAACGGGCUGCUGAUGGUGCUGCAGUGUCUGCACAUCUUCUGGGCCGUCCUCAUCCUGCGAAUGGCCAUCAAGUUCCUGCCCGGAAACGAGAUCGUGGAGGACGAGAGGAGCGAUCGGGAGGAGACGGACGAGUCGGAAGAAGAGGAGGGCGAGAAGGAGCGGGAGAGGUGGGAGAAAACGAAAAACGGGCCCGUGCGGAACGGCCACCCCGCCCUCAACAACAACCACGGCAAGACGGAAUGACGGCCCGCGGAGGAGGGCUGGGCACGGCGGGGGACGCGGGGGGACUGCUCCUCUCACGCAGAGCGGAAGAAGGGGGGGAGAGAGGGGGCGGGGAGGGGGGCGAGGCAUUUCGACAGACAGACCCACACUGCUGAACACUACGCGCAGACUGAAACACUCACCGCCACCAGCCCCCAAACCCCCCCCCAAACACACACACACACACACACAUACACACACAAACACACCCAGCCCAAGCUUUGAGAUAAGAUUAGCCGAUGGCCCCCGCUGACAGAUUACACUAAAUGACUCUUUCCCUGCUCUGUGGUGUCUGCCCUGCGGAGAGCGGGAAGAUGGAGAGCGGAGCAAUGCUGUUUGUGUGCUCCAAAUUUGGAGUGCCUCAAUGGCCAGUUGGUUUCUCCUCGUCUCUCUCUUUCUCCUGUCUCUCCCCCUCACAUCUCUUCCACCCCUGUCAGGCUGUGAGGUCCAGCCUCUAUUGUGUCUCCCAGUAUUCACAACCCCUCCACGCAAAAAAGACACAAAGAAAGAAAAAAGAAAAGAAAAAAAGAGAAGACUUAAUCAUCUUAACAUUUUAUUUAGUCAGUAUUCACUUCCUGCACACCAAGAGUAUGUGCUCUGUGAUUUAUCUGGCCAAAUGAAUAUUACUAGUUGAACGUGUCUAUUCAAUGCUGCCUUCUCAACAAGUUGAGCACCUUUUUUAAACGUGGCGAAAAGGGUUAUUUUCAGUGGUCUGAACCAUAUUGAGACCAAUGGGAGUGUGUCAGUGUCGGGCUGCCAUCGCUGAGAAACUGAAGUGGUUACGUACAGGACCUCACCCCCCCCCACCCCCGUUCUGUAACUUGGUUCAGGCCAAUGGAAUGUGUACAGGUGUUGCGUCUCGUCUCUCAGUAAGCAGCAAGUAGACCACGAAAUGAAUCACUGCACUGCUGUUUGAAGCCCUGUGGCUUUCCGUGACGUCUGUGCAUAUUUACGGCAUAAAUUUACAGCAAAUCUGACCAUCACAGACUGCUGCCGUUUUUCUCUCGUUUGCCAUAGCAGGUGCCAGUGGUGUUUACCUUUUUCUUUUUUUCUUUUUUUUUAAAUUCGAUAAAAAAAAGUCAGUCAAAGAGGAGUUGUUUUAAAUGUAUCUCAAAGACAAAAAAAGAUCUGUUUUUGCUGUAGGUGUGCGUAUGUUUUUUUGUUUCUAUAUGUUUCUGUCUCGAAUGCAAGCCCUCCCGGAGCAGGAAACAUGCAGAUUGAGUUUAUUUUAAUAUAUUUCAUUGUUUUAUUUUAUUUUCUAACGAUUUAUGUUUAGUAUUUUAUUUUUUUUAAUGGAAGUUCCAAAGUCAAAAACCCUAAUAUACAAUAACACACUAUUCUCAAUCUGAAUAGUAUUGCUGUCCGAUUCAGCCAGGUUUAGUCCAGUUCAGUACAGAUCAGCUCAGUUUUCUCUGGUCCAGUAUAGAAUGCCAUACAGUAUUGUAACCUAGUUCCACCCAGUUCUUCUGCAGUAUUAUCCUGUCCAUUUCUUUAGAUUUUGUUUUGGAUGUGAUCACUGGGUUUCAAAUGUGGGCCAAAAUACACUGAACCCAGGAUCACUAAGUACCAACACUGAGUUGGGUUUGACUUUGAGUCUGUCAGGAGCAAUUCGGCAAAUGAUUCCAUUUUGAAACACGGGUUUACAGUGCAUUUUUAUUAUUUUUUUUUUUAUUUCCGCUGAGUGUAUGAACUGAGACCAGAUCCAUUUCUAAGCCUUGUCACUCAGUUGCUCAGUCAAGAGUUAUGAAGAAUUAUAAAAGGCCAAAAUGAGAUUUACUCAUUUUAGUUUAGAAAAAAAAAGAUUUUUUUUGUUUCGCAAGUGCCUUAUCUGUAAAGUCUGAAUCCUGUCUGUGUCUCUCUGCCCAUCUUCCCGUCUUAACUUUUUCCCUUGUGUUUCUGUUGAUCCUGCUUUCUUCCCACUCUCUUCUUUCAUGUCAGGACCUGCUUUUCGGUUUCCUUGCCGCACCUAACGGCCACACUCACGGGCCACCACAACACCCUCCUGUCUCAGCACGGUUUCUCUCUCUCUCGCUCUCUGUCGUCCUCCAUUCCAUUGUAGUCAUCUCUAACUCUAUGACCAACCCCACCCCCCCCCCCCUCCCCCAGCCGCUUUCCUUUUACUUGUUGUUCCAGAAUGCAAU